AUGCAUUUGCCAUCAAGUUUAGUGCAACGCGACUCCGGAGGUGGAUCAAUCGACCGGAGUGUACAGAGCUGGAACUAUGCGUGUCAGUCAUUAUGCAUCAUUGGAAUGACAGUGUUCUUCGGUCUCCGGGUUUACACGCGAUGUUUCCUUCUCAACGGCUUCGGGAAAGAGGAUUGGGCAUGUGUAGUUGCAUGGUUUCUUGGUGUCUGGUAUUCUAUCAUUGCUAUCAUCAUGGGACACUAUGGCGGAGGUCUGCAUUACUCUGAUGUUCCCAUCGAAGAUCGGAUUCCUUUCCAGAAGACCGUUUACAUCACAAUGGUCAUGUAUGGCCCAACGGCCUAUCUGACAAAGGUUCUCCUCCUGUGGAUCAUGGCUCGUGUCUUCAGCCCCUUCCGCAAAGUCAUCAUCCUCAUAUACGGGUUCAUGGCACUCAUGCUGGCCUACUACAUUCCAGCUGUCAUUGUUAAGAUCCGAAUCUGCAAUCCGAUUCCUCGAUUUUGGAACUCGGAGGUUGACGGAACAUGCUUAGACGAAACAUCGAUUAUCCUUGCCGACGCAGUCGUCAGUUGCGUCAGCGACCUCAUCAUCUUGAUUCUCCCCAUGCCGUUGACGAUGAGUUUGCAGAUGUCACCGAGGAAGAAGAUAAGGGUUAUAGCCAUUCUGGGUGCUGGAGGAUUGGCCGUUGCGGCCAGUAUCAUCCGUCUGAUUCUUAUUAUCCUCACUGGACAGUCCAAGGAUGCAACUCAUGCAUUCAUGAGAAUAAAUAUGCUUGGGCAAGUUGUUUCGAGAGUAAUUCGCACUACUGCAACAAUUAUGCUAACAACAGCCAUUCGUUAUAGCAAUGCCGAAAUCGCCAUCGGAGUAAUUUGCACAUGCCUCCCUGCCUUGUCUGCCCUUCUCAAACGCAUCUAUCGCGAAUAUUCCAGCAACAAAGCAACCCACGAAUCCGAAUACAAAAUGAGCUCAAUGCGAAACCAAUCCAAAAUCGACCGAAGCAGAAAACAAGUGAGCGUGCGAGAAGCCGAGUCGGACGAGGCCAUGCUGGUAUACCAUGCUCAGAGAAACCCGACGAUUGAAACGACGGUGCGCGGUGACACUGAGGCACAGAAAGGCUCACGCGGUUCUCCUUUUGAUGGCAUAGGGAUUACCAGAACGGUUGACGUGUCCACCUCUGUUGAAACAGCAUCGCAUUAA